AGGCCCUUCGAUAAAAUCAGGAACUUGCGCUGGCCCUGCAAUGUCAAGGGAGGGGGCUCACCCAGGGCUCCCACAGCUCAGGGGGCAGGCCUGAGCCCUGCGCCCGCCCUGAAUCCAUCCGGCCCCCGACGGGGCACCCCAUCCCAAGGGGCUCCGCACUGGCCCCCACGGAGGUAGGGGACCCGACCGACUGGCACCUCGGCUGGAUGUUACAGGCGUAAAAAUGGAAGGGUUUCCCCUCGUCCCCCCUACGUCGGAAGACCUGGUCCCCUACGACACAGAUCUGUACCAGCGCCAGACACAUGAGUAUUACAACUAUCUCAGCAGUGAUGGAGAGAGUCACAGUGACCAUUACUGGGAGUUCCACCCGCACCACAUGCACAGCGAGUUCGAGAGCUUCGCCGAGAACCACUUCACGGAGCUGCAGAGCGUGCAGGCCCCACAGCUGCAGCAGCUGUACCGCCACAUGGAGCUGGAGCAGAUGCACGUGCUUGACACCCCCAUGGCACCCACCCACGCCAGCCUCGGCCACCAGGUCUCUUACCUACCCCGGAUGUGCCUUCCAUAUCCUGCUCUCUCCCCGGCCCGGCCCAGCUCUGAUGAUGAGGAGGGUGAGCGGCAGAGCCCUCCGCUGGAGGUGUCCGAUGGGGAGGUCGAUGGCCUGGAGCCUGGCCCCGGCCUCCUGCAUGGGGAGACAGGCAGCAAGAAGAAGAUCCGCUUGUACCAGUUCCUGCUGGACCUGCUGCGCAGCGGCGACAUGAAGGACAGCAUCUGGUGGGUGGACAAGGAGAAGGGCACCUUCCAGUUCUCGUCCAAGCACAAGGAGGCGCUGGCGCACCGCUGGGGCAUCCAGAAGGGCAACCGCAAGAAGAUGACCUACCAGAAGAUGGCGCGCGCGCUGCGCAACUACGGCAAGACGGGCGAGGUGAAGAAGGUGAAGAAGAAGCUCACCUACCAGUUCAGCGGCGAGGUGCUGGGCCGCGGGGGCCUGGCCGAGCGGCGCCACCCGCCCCACUGAGCCCCCCGCCCCGGGCUCCCCGCGGGCCAUAGCAUUAACCCCCUGCCCGGCCGGACACAGGGAGGGGUGCCGCCAGGGGCCAAGGGCAGGACUGUGGCGGCCGGGCCCGCCUCCCCGCCCCCCUCCUCCAAGCCCCCUAGCCUUCCCCCGCCUCCUGCAGGACCUCAGCCCCGGGGUCCCCUAGGCCUGGGGUUCCCCAGUCAUACUUGUGUAUAUUGAACCCUGCCCUGAAAGCCUCUCUCCCUCCUUCACACUCCCCAAACCCCCUUUCCUUAUUAAAAUUAUUCUCCCCAAGUCUCUUUUACUGUUUUCUGCCCCCCCCCCCCCACUCCUUAAUCUCAUUUGUCCCACAGAGGCGUGUUUACUGAGCGCCUUGUUCCACACUGGAGGCUGGGGGGCAGGAGGACAGAGGACAGACAGCGCCAGCUGGCGUUAGGCAGGUGGAACAGAACAUAUCCUUGGAGGUGUAAAAGCUUUAGGUUGAGACCCCAGCCCAUGAUGAUGUUAAAAAUAAUCAUGAAAACAGGAGAGAUAGCACAAUAAUUAUGCAAAC